AUGACCACAACGGAGUUUACAGUCUCAUGCAAGCGUUCACAAGAUUGCUCGAGGCUUUCAAGAUGUCCCGUAGUAGAACGCACCAUGAUACCCGAGCUACCACGGCUGCAACCGCAGCUGCAAACCAGAAACAAGACGCUCCUCUUCACAAGGAGAAAUUCCAAGACUCGUGCUGAUGCUGAGGAAAAGGAAGCCGAUCCCUCUCGCCAGAAACAGAGAGGUGUCAAGUCCCGAGGUCAGGUUGAGUAUGACGAAGCCAACGAUGCUUGGCAGAAAGAGAAGACCGUUGGCCUUCGUGCUCAGGUUGAGGACAAUAAAACACCCAGAAAGAUCGGACCAAGGCCGCUCCCCAGAAAGAGAAGAGAGCCAAAACGAGCGCCCAGGCCGAAGCCACUACCGGUGCUGCUCUCCCUCAGCGGAAUUGACGCCUGUCCUCGGAAAGGAGAGAGAACCAGACAUGUACCGAGACUGGCCGACGGAAUGGCCUACCAUGAACAUGCCAAUACAAAGAAUACUUACAAGGUAAUGAGCACCGCAAAAGCUAUUGCUCUUGUUGAAUCCGACGAAAAUGCCGCUCCGCCCAUGGCCACAACAGCACUACAGAAAACUCUGGCAAAGACCACUGAGAAGAAGAAUAUAUCACCAUCGCGCGGAACUCAUAGCCCCGGCCUCGAGCCACGAAGAAGGGAGCUAGAAAAGCAAGCUCGGAGGGAGCUGCAGACCCCUGCAGACAUCGAAAUCGAAGAGCAGAUUACCAAAAGGACUGCGAAGAUGGCGGAUCGGCUGACCGCGUUGACGAGAUCGAAUCAGGAGCUGUGGCUGGAGUCACAGGCGGUUUUGGAUGAGUUUUUGGGAUAUGCUGCGUAUGUUGGUGAUGAAGAGGAUGUGAGCGAUGCACGGGCCAAGUUUGUUCGGGUGAGAAAGAGGAAUAUCAGGGGGGAGACGUAUGAUUGGCCGGUGGCGAAGAGGGUGAGGGAGGAUGGUGUGCAUGACUGA